AUUUGUACCGACAAAUUUCACAUUAACUGAAGUAUUAGAACGUGAGAAACCGCCAACAGUAGAGGCGCAAUACAUUUGGGGCAGUCGUUCACUGAAUACAUGCUACGAGACUAUAUUUAAACUUUAUCGUGGUUUUGUUGGUGCACCACAUUUUGCCGCUAUUUGUCGUCUGUUAGGUUAUCGAGGUUUAUAUGUGAUUAUGGAAGAGGUUAUGAAAGUUGCUCAAUCAUUGUUAAAUCAAACAUUACGUGAUUAUGUAUGUCGUUUAGUACGUUUAAUGCCACAAUCUUUGUUGAUUCCAACGGAGAAAAUUGAAUCAGAUGCUGUUUUCACAGCUCUGUACACUCAAUUACAACAAAUUUAUAAAUAUACCGAUUUACGUACAAAUGUAUUUCAAAAUUUUCGUGAAUUCGGUAAUAUUUUAAUUUGUUGUUUACAAUUAGAAAAGAAUUUAUCAAUUGAAGAUUCAUUUAGUCUACGUCAUGCUGGACCUUUUAUUGGCCAAAUGCCAAGACAAUUCUUUCCACCGAUUCCAUCUCAUGAAG